ACGCGUAUUAUGGGGGUGUCUCCUCUCCACUGGACUUAACAUCAUCGGGGGGUGUGGUGGGGGGAUUCCUCAUUGCACAGUUGUAUGCAGACAGGUAGAGAGCAGGAUAAACAUAAACGUCAUGUUCACAGGGAUGCGGGAGGAGAUCAGGGCGGACUCGGGGGUCCUGGAUGCUGCGGCUCUGAGGCAGCAGAGGAGGCUGAAACAGGCGAUCCAGUUCCUCCAUAAAGACUCGGCUGAUCUGCUGCCUCUGGAUGGACUGAAAAAGCUCGGGACAUCUAAACAAGGGCAGCCACACCAUAUUCUACAGAAGCGCCUGCUGGAGGCUAAGCUGUCCCGGGGAAGGAUGAACAUGUGUGGAGUAACGCCAAACAACGGAGAGGUCCUUCUCAGUGGUCAUUUAAAUUCACAUAAAGAUGAGGAAGAGGAGGAGGAAAAUUUCAUUUACGUGCCCAGCAAGUGUUUAGGACAGGAAGUGAAUGUGCUGAUUGACACCGGCUGCAAACUGAACCUGAUGUCCUCGCUGACUGUGGAGAGAUUAGGUUUAAAAGGACUGGUGGAUGAUAACAAAAUGGAGACGGAGGGUUUUCCAUUUCAGCGUAAGCUCUGCAUUGAUGGUCACAUCAGGGAGCUCAGUCUGACCAUCGGACAGCUCAGGAUAAUGUGUUCAUUUGCCAUAGUGGAAAGUAACAGGCCACUGAUGUCGCUGGGAAACAAGACACUGAAGUCCCUCAGGUGUGUAAUUGACGCUGAGAAGCAGCUGUUUGUGUUUGGGACAAGCGUGAGGGAGCAAGUUCAGUUUGUUAAGAAGCCAUUCAGCGAAAGCUCCUCAGACUUCACAGACCUGGUUUACUGAUCUCCCCACCACCAACACACACACAGUGACCUAAAGCAAUAGAAAUACUGUUUUACUCUUACAAAUAGAUGCCUCAUUGGGGAACUUCUGGUUAUCUCAUCUCAUAAAGUCGCACUUUCUCUCUGCCUGUUUGUUUGCUGCGUUCAUGGGUCCGGUAAUCCACACUGACCUCGCUUAUUUUUACAUAAAGGAAAUGGUUAGCGCAGAAAAUGUUCCUCGUGUAGCAAUAGCGAUGAAUAGCGACCUUGUAGCUCAGAGUAUGGUCUUACAUUAGCUGUCACUACAGUAGUCAGUGUCGUAGACUUAAAGAUUCUGAUAGAAUUGUGAUUUAAAACUCUUGUAUCUUACAAAUUACUCUUGUAUCCAGUUUAUAUCUGAAUCAGUCUUGGAGAACAAAAGUAGCUGGAGGUUGUUGCUGAUGAGCUCAGCACAAUCUACUGCAUACAGACCAACUGUUUAUCUACUGUAUUUUAUAAUGUUGUAAAUGUAUUUUCUAGUCUGAGACAUGUAUUUGCAUUGACGUCACUGCCUUUUAAUGUUUUCAGAAUGAUAGUGACUCUUGUCAUAUGUUUUAUCACGUGACUGAAGCAAAGUGCAGCACUAAAUAUCAAAUAAAAUCCAAAUAAUGUGAA